UAUGAUUUAUUAUUUUCAAGAUGUCUGCGCCCAUGGAAAGAACCACCUUGCAGCCUAUGUUGAAAGAUUUUGCCUAAAAUUAUCCAUAACAUAUGACUGAAAUGGAGCAGAUUGGCAGAAAAAGGAAAUUUGAUGGAAAAGCAGACUUUGCUAAGAAACAGAGAAUCCAAGAAACAGUCCUGUCCGAAGCACCACAAGCCAUCAAUGUAGUUGAAUAUGCAAAGUGUAGGGCUGCAGAGUUACAGCUCCUAGAUGCUGCCACCAAACAGAGAAAGGUUUCCCAAGCAGUGAAUGGAUUGAUGUCCAUUUCCAUGCGACGGAGAGCAAUGAGUCACAACAUUAAAAGGUUGCCCCACAGAGUGAGGGAGAUGGUGACAAUAAAGGCUAAUAAACACAAAAAACCAAGUAGAAGACACAGAAGACGGCCUAAUAACCUGUUGCAGGAGUACGUCCGACGCCAGAAAACCAAAGUUUGGCUUGAAACUCACAUCUGGCAUGCAAAACGAUUCAAGAUGAUAGAAAAAUGGGGUUACAGGAUUCCUUAUCAACCUACGGAUAAGAGUUCUCGGGCAUCUUACAGGGCAACUCAGCAUCACUGUCAAAUGAUAGAUGUUUCCUACAUGUGCUGCAUAGAAGUUCAAGGAAAUGAAGAAGAUAUCAUCAGUGGUGUUUCUCGUCUGUGUAAUUCACAAACAGGACUAACCAUUGGAGCCAAGAUGUACUUGGAAGGAACCAGAGAGGGUAGCUGUGUAUUGUACAAACAAGAUCAGUAUCCUCUGGGAGCCAUUUGUCCUGUUACAUUUCUUUGGAGACCCAGGACUGAAUCGCACUCUCUUCGUCAGCUAUGGAUUUGGUGUCAUCCUGCUUCCUAUAAUGAACUGUGGCAGGAAUUAGAGGCUAGCUUUUCCCAUACAGAAGGUUGUGCAGCUCAGGACAUUUCCGAAGAAGUCUGCAGCUGUCCAGUUGAUGAAGUGGGAAAAGGGAAAACUGUGUCUGAAAUCUGGGAUAAAGCUCCUGUCAACAAUAAUUCUGAAGAACAAGAGAUUCAUAGUGAAAAAAAGGAUGAGGAAGAAAUAAAGAAAAUUGACAAUGAUUGUAAGGCAUUUAGUGAAAAGAAGGGAAAAGGGAAGCAACAAAAAAGGAAGAAGGAGACAACUCAGAAACCAACUGAGGAGCAAGUCAUAAAAGUAGUAAACAGAAAAUCUCAGAUCGGGAAGAUUUUGAUGACUUCUUUAAAAGACAGACUUGUGAGGCAUCGCUUCAUUGGACCAGAGUCUCAGAAAGUUCUGGAACAAACUCUUUGCAUAGCAGAUAUCAUGUCCAACAAAAGUGAACCAGCUCACUGGUGGAAACAGUACUUCCAGGACCAGGAACACUCCUUGGGCUUUAACCAGCAGAGGGAAUUCUGGGAAGGAGUCUGUCAGUGUCGGUCUGCUGCAGAGUUGUCUCCCCAUUGUGUUAUUGGUCUGACUGUUAGGGAUCCUAGAGUCAUCAGAGCAAAGAAACGGAAUGAUUCCGCAAGUAAAGAAACUUCAGAGGCCAUGAUGUCUGAUGAUACAGGAGCCAUUACACUGAAGAUCAGCCAGGAUGUCUCCUCUUCACCCCUGUGGAAGGAAGAAAUCCGGAAGACAGUGACUUCAACAAAAAAGUCAGACUUUGAAAUCAAUCAACUGAAGUCUGAACAUGUUGUGCCAGGGACAGAGUUAAUACUAGGGGAUGAGGAAAGUAGGAUUCCAGUGCUGCUCAUUCAGAACCAAGGAGUCGAUCCCAAAGACAGGAAUCACAGUCACUAUGGGAGUGGAUGGGAUCUCAUCCUUCCUGCAGGGUGGAGCAUGGCAUUCUGGGUAGCCAGUGUCUAUCAUGGGGCAAGAGCAGGAGGUUUGCGUGAAUUACAGUGCCUGGCUAAUGAACAGCAGAGUGAACACUUUCCAGAAGAUUUCCCAGAUACACAAGCAGGGCAAGCAGAGGAAAACAGGAUAAAGAGUGAAAAAGAGGCUGAGCAUAGCAGACGACCUCCAGCCAAAAGACCAAAUUUCAGAAAGUUAGGUAUGGAUCACCCAUUCAGUUGGGCAUGGAAACAACUGGUUGAUGAGAAAGAUGAUAGCCAAGACUUUUAUGUGUUAAGGGGAAGAGAUGAUCUCAGAACUUUGAGAAAAGUAUUAAAUAUUGCUUCUGGAAAGAACAAGAAAUGUUUGCAAAGUCACAUUGAUGAUGCAUUGCAUGCCUCCUUCCAAGAUGUCAUUAGUAGACACAAACAAUCUUUGGUUUACAUCAAAAUAGCAAUGAAUUCCAAAGGCAGCCCUGAAGAAAUGGGAACAAUCUCCAUACCAACACAGGAAGAUGUCAACAGAUUGAAAGCCGACAGGUUUUAUGUUGGACCAGUAAAAUUGCAACAAAAAGACCCACAGCAAGAAGAAAAGAAAGAGAAAAAAAGAAAAAUAAAACUAUUUAAGAAAGGCAUCUUGAAUCUACCACCCAAAAAGACACCCGAGAUAAAAACAGAAAACUCAGAGAGUGUGGAUAAUGGUGAUAGGGAGGUUAUUGGGUAUGUUAAGCAUGGUGGAUUUUCACUAAGCAGCGGGCAGGGUGCUGGGAAGGGAUUCUGUUCUGUGCUAGGAUUAGAAAAACUUCAUCAAUCUCUACCUGAUCAAAAGAAUCUUGUUUUAAUUAGAAAUCCCAGAACACUGCAGUACAGAUUUGCUCGGAUAUCCAUAUAACGGAUAUGCAGUUUUUAGUUGUGAUAACAUGAGAUACCACCAAGAUUGUGUUCAUUGUUAUCAAAAUCUGUUGUGAAUUAUGUUUGUUCAUGAAUUAAAAUCAUCAUUAUCAGAAUCUUGUAGGUUUUAU